UCCAAAGCGAAGAUAAAUUUACUUAUUUAUUAAAUUGCAUGGCUCCACAUUCGAAGGCAAGAGCAUUAGUGGAAAGUUAUCCGCCUACAAAGGAGAACUAUGAGAAGGUAGUAGACACAUUGAAGAAACGCUUCGCCAAGGAUGAAAUUUUGAUUGAAAUUUAUGUCAGAGAAAUUUUAGAUGUUGUUCUAACGAAAAAUAACUUAGAUAUAAUUUACAUUUUUGAUAAAAUUUCUGUUAAUUUACAAAUUUUAGAAUCUUUAGGAAUAGUUAGAGAAAAGUACGAAUGUAUUUUAUUACCAUUAAUAGAGUCAUCAUUACCAGAUGACAUUUUAUUACAAUGGACUAAAAUACCAAGCCAGAAAGGGUCGAAACUUAAACAGUUGAUGGAAUUCUUAGAAAAUGAAGUUGAGGCACAGGCCAGAUGUAAUCUUGCCAAGUCUUCUUUUUGUAACACGUUUCAAAAGCAGGUGAUUCCGACGACGGCGUGUUUCGUGACGAAGCAGGACCAGAAUGAUAAAGAAGACGCUAGUAGUCAAAGUUUCUAAUGGUAAACAAGAGAAGAAAAUAAGAAUACUUCUAGAUUCUGGUUCACAGAGGACAUAUAUAAAGAGGGAGCUGGCAGAAGAUCUUGGACUUCAGGUAACAGGCAACGAGAACAUCAGCCACUCGCUAUUUAGCGGUGUAAAGAAACCAGCAAAAAUGCAUAAAGUCUUCAAGUUUAGAGUAAGUAGUUUAGAUGAUAAGUUUCAUACUACUAUGACAGCAUUAGAACAAGAUGUGCUUUGCGGAAGUUUACCCAAAGUGCAAGACCCAAAGCUGAUAGAAAACUUGAGGAGGCAUCAGAUCUGGUUAACUGACGCAGCGGAAAGUAUCAAAGAUAUUAGUAUAUUAAUUGGAUCGGAUCAAUUAGGUUGCAUUAUUAAAGAAAACUUCAUUCGGUUAGAUGACAAUUUAGUAGCAAUACCAACAAAACUGGGGUGGACACUACAAGGCCCAGUUCAAGGAAGUAAAUUGGAAAGAGUUAGAAGAAGAAACAAGCUCUUACAAUAUCCAAUGGAAGUUUUCAGCUCCAGCUCCCUGGUGGGGAGGGUGGUGGGAGCGAAUGAUAAGGGAGAGAUGGGUGUACAAGAACAGCUAGAGUUAAAACAGCUUCAGGAGAAAAGGUGAGACCGUAUCAAAGAUUAUUUCCUCUUGAAGUCUCAGCAGUCUCUCAAGAAUGGCUCAACAAUGUACCUAUACAUAAAGGGCCUUCAGACACAGGUAAUGUGACGAGUGAUGCUAGUAUUAACGAUAACCCUUCCCCAGGUAUUACAACGAGGUCAGGACGCACAAUAAUGCCUCCAAUUAGGUUUUAGUUAAGAUUAACAGAUGUUGUUGAAGUUCUGACCCUUGCUGUUGUUUUGGUCGCUUUUAUAUACUAUGUUGAUUUGAAAGUUGUUGAUUUUUUUGUGUGAUAAUUUUAUGGUUUUAAAACCUUGUAUGCCUCCCCCGGGAGUGUGUUGUAGAUUAAAACCUAUUUUGUACAAAUGUGUCAAAAAGAAGUGACGUUUGUUUUAGAAUUUAAGAAAAAUAAGAACAUGUGUCAGAACAUGAAUAAAGAACCUGGAAAUGUGAGGAAAUAAUAGUUUUAUUGCAAAGAUCCCUCACA